GGGCUGGUGGUCGUGAACGGGAGCAAGUAUAAGAAGAGUGACUUUGAGAUGGAGCGUCAGAUCGGUGAGGGGUCGUUCGGGGUGGUGUACGAGGGACGAGUGGCGGUGAACGACGCGCGCGGGUUGCGCAAAGGCGACGCCGUGGUGCUCAAGCGCCCGAAGCUCACGGUCGAGGGCGCGGCGGAGUUGCAGGAGAUCGAGUCUUGGAUGAACGAUCGAGUGAGUCGAGACGCGAAGGGGGCGUGCGCGGAGUUCGUGGGAUCGUUUCGCGUGACUCGGGACGAUUGGUUGGCAUCCGGGACGAACGACGCGUUGAGCAAGGAAGGCUUGUGGUUGGUGUGGAGAUACCAGGGCGAUCGCACGUUGGCGCAAUAUCUCGCGCAGCCAGAUUAUCCCACUGGACUCGCGAAGGCAUUACUGGAUCGUGAUGACGUGUAUCGCGGCGACGCUGCGGUGGAACUCGAGAUCACGCAACGCGCGAUUUCGCAGCUCUUGUCGAGUCUGAUGGCGAUGCAUCGCGCCGGGUUGGUUCAUCGCGACGUGAAACCGCACAAUCUCGUGCUCGCGAGAGAGCCGACGCCUGAAUUUAAAGUGAUCGAUCUCGGCGCUUGUGCGUGCUUCAGAUCUGGGAUGAAUUUCACCCCGGAUGAAACCAUCAUGGAUCCGAAAUACGCGCCUCCCGAGGAAUUUUUAAUUCCGACGGACGACGCCCCCGAUCUGCGAAAGAUGUUCGCACCUGUCGCGCUCGCGGCCGGUACCACGGCAUGGCUAUCACACAGACCAGAUCGAUUCGAUAUGUAUAGCACUGGAAUCGUACUAAUGCAGCUCGCCAUGCCGAGCUUGCGCACGAACAGUGGGUUGCAAAGCUUCAACCGCGGAUUGAAAAAGUUCAAGUACGACUUGCAAAAGUGGAGAGAAGCGAACAAAGGUCAACUUAGUCGAUCGAAGACGGCUGUUCUCGACGCUGGUGAUGGCGCGGGAUGGGAGUUGGCGGCAGAUUUACUCCGUCCGAGGCCGUACGAAGCCGAGGAUGAUCAAGAAGCCCGCGAGCGCCCGAGCGCAGAGCAAGCGCUCAAGCAUCGCUUCUUC